AUGGAGGGCGCUUUCACCCACCUGGGAAACCACCUCGUUUCUGAUUCCGCGGCCGCCAUAAAGGCCGGCGGCUCGGACGAGCUGUCAAACAUCGACCCGGACGAGAACUUGCUCUACGGCUCAUAUGGGGGACGGGGCGCUCGUACGGGCCUGGGCAAUGCCAGGCGCCGCCAGGAUGACGACGACAACGAAACCGAGGUCUUCGAUGACGACGACGAGAGUCUGGCAAGUGUUCCGGUCGACGGCAUGAAGGCUCUCAAAAUGAACGCACCGGAGGAAGAGAAGGAGCUUCCUGCCCAUGCUUGCGCUUACUGCGGCAUUCACUCCCCCGCCAGCGUGGUAAAAUGUCUCACUUGCAGCAAGUGGUUCUGCAGCGCCCGCGGCAACUCGAGCUCCUCCCACAUUGUCAAUCAUCUCGUACGAGCCCGGCAUAAAGAGGUCCAGCUUCACCCCCAGUCCUCGCUAGGCGACACGGUCCUCGAGUGCUACAACUGCGGGACUAAGAACGUCUUCAUGCUCGGCUUCAUUCCGGCGAAAUCCGAUACUGUCGUGGUUCUCCUAUGUCGCCAGCCCUGUGCCGCAAGCACCUCGACCAAGGACAUGAGCUGGGACAUCACGCGAUGGCAGCCUCUCAUCGAAGACCGCUCCUUUCUUAACUGGCUGGUUCAGCCGCCCACCGAUACCGAACAGCUCCGGGCAAGGCACCUCACACCGCCAAUGAUCGCGAAACUCGAGGAAAUGUGGAAGGAGAGCCCGAACGCCACCGUGGCCGACUUGGAAAAGAGCGCUGGCGCGGACGACGACCCGCAUCCUGUCCUGCUGAAGUACGAGGACCCGUACCACUAUCAGAACAUCUUUGGCCCACUCGUCAAGAUGGAGUCGGACUACGACAAGAAGCUCAAGGAGGCGCAGUCAGAGGACAAUCUUCAGGUGCGCUGGGAUGUCGGCCUCAACAACAAGCAUCUCGCGAGCUUCAUUCUCCCCAAGAUCGAGUCGGGCGACGUCAAGCUGGCGGUGGGCGACGAGAUGAGGCUAAAGUACAAGGGCGACCUCCGUCCGCCUUGGGAAGGGGUGGGCUAUGUCAUCAAGAUCCCCAAUAACCAGUCGGACGAGGUCACGCUCGAGCUGCGGAAGUCGGCCAACGACAAGAUGGUGCCUACGGAUGUCGCCACCAACUUCUCGGCCGAUUACGUCUGGAAAGCCACGUCGUACGACCGGAUGCAGUUCGCAAUGAAGACGUUCGCUGUGGACGAGAUGAGCCUCUCGGGCUACAUCUUUCACAAGCUGCUCGGGCACGAAGUUGCCGUGGCCCCCAUGAAGAUUCAGAUGCCCAAGAAUUUCCACGUCCCCGGCCUGCCGGAGCUGAACCAUAGCCAGGUUACGGCCAUCAAGACGUUCAGCCGUCCCAAGACGUCAUUCCGCCCUCCGCGGUACUCCCAGCAGACGCAACAUGCCGCUGGGGGCUAUGCAAACGGCCGCUACGGCGGCAUGAACGGCUCGAACAGGGACUACGAGACGGGCUCGAUGCUGUCGUACAUUCCAGACGACGUGUCGUCGAUCCACAGCUCUGCCCUGGGCGGUGCUGGCCUGUCUUCGGCUUACCCCCAUAUGUUUUCGAACUUCCAUCCCGACCAGUGGCCUGGUUUGCCGGGCGUGGGUGCGGGUGGCCGGCCUAACGCCAAGGGCCGCGAUCGCGGUACCGAGAGCGUCGCGGGCGAAAGCGUCGCCAACAGCGAGUUCACGGACGCGAGCGCCAGCGUCAUUGGCGGCAAGGGAGUGGGCCAAGGAGGGGCCAGUCUCGGUGCCGGUCUCAGCGAGGCAAUCACCUCGGCCCGGCCAACCUCAUACACCCAGAGUGACCGACUCAAGCAGUACGUCGAGAGCGGGGGCCGCAUGGGAGCCGGGAGCGGAUACGGGCGGCGAUUUGAUGACGAUGAGAAGAGUGUCAGCACCGCCUUUGCUAGCCAGAUAGGAUCCGGAUUCGACUGAGUGCUCAUGGGCUAGAUUGGGGGUCCACGUCAGAUGCAAACCAUGAACAGAUCCAGGCGCCGCACCGCAUUCUAGGUACCGCGGCCUACCUGCGUCCACCCCUCCGGGCUAGGGCAAGCACGCGUUCUCGGCUCCGCAUGGGUCACAGCACGCGCAGGCCAGGAAGAGCUGGGCAGAUGCUUCACAAAGCACACCCUCUCAACCGGGCGGGUCUAGUUGCCCUUAUGCUGAUGCUCUGACCAAGUGUUGUUCAGCGCCAUCCUGCCUUACACGAGUAACUCGAGGAGCUUCAAUCAGCCUUCCUUUAUGAUGGCAGCAGGCAAGGUUGCCAGGUAUUCUGGCUCGCAUGUCCGGAAUGACACAGUCCCGGCGAAGGAGCUCGCUGAGCUAUCGCGGCCGGGUAACGGAGGAGCCAUUGACUGUUGAGUGAGAAGUGCAUCCUGUCCAGCAUCUGAGAAUUGCAGGGAGAGGCUUAGCAGAGUAUGAGACGGGGGAAGGAGUCGCUCAUUUUUUUACCUGACACGAAGCAUUCACUGAUAUCGAGACGAGAGGCCCCUGCUGGGCGCCGUCCAUGUUGCAACGGCCGACAGUCACUCCUUUGAAAGGCAGUUGUUGCUUGACAAGUUGAUUUGUAGGCAGACAGACACCUGAGCAGAGCAGAGAAAGAAACAGACAUUCGUUCGUUCCGCUACC